GCAAAAGGUGACCGCACACAUACUCUCCCAUUAUUUAAACCGGGAGUCGGACUUGCAAGACGCGGCCUUGGAAUCUCUCCCGCUGCAUUCCACGACGACCGCCCCUCCUACGUGCUCCAUCAAAUUUUCGAGAGCCGACGAGAAGCGAAACCUGGCGGCGUUCAGCACGGGCGAGGUGGGCGUUCUCGUCUCGACAGUAGUAGCGGAAGAAGGAAUGGACAUCGGGGCGGCGAACUGCGUAAUUCGAUUCGAUCCCUUGCUAACGGGGGUGUCUUUCGUGCAGGGCCGCGGCCGCGCGCGGCAAUCGGACAGUGCGCACGUGAUCACUGCGCAGCGUGCGGACCGUCCCCUAGAGAUGCUCCAGGAAGUGGAGACAAUGCAGGCGAGCAUGGCUGCGAAUUUUUCCUCGAAAAAGAAAGGUGCGGACGACACCACCUCUACGAACGACGCUGCAUUCGCUGCUGCACAAAAACAAGCACAGAAAAGCAGGGAAAAGGGAGCAAUCGGAGAUCUGAAACUUGACGUUACGCCGCAGCAAUCUUUGGCAGUGCUAAACGUCUUCUGCAAGCGAACGAAGGUAGCACUGGAAGAGUCGCAAGCUCUAGGAGGCGCCGUUGUGUUGCAGUAUGCCUCUUGUCUGCGCGUCGUCGAUGUCGAGCAGGCCAUUGAGCGCCCGGUUACGAACGCCAAGAGAAAAGAAGCGAAGCAGCUCGCUGCGGUGAAAAUGAUACAGGCGCUAGUUCGCCAGGUCGUGCCAGUAUAAGACUCAAUUCUAGGCUAUUUCUAGGAAAUAAAGAAUACAAAUUGCCGUGAAGAUCGGUAAAGCAUUUGAUACUGAUCUCGUAAUCAUACCUAUGUCCAUGUCGUUGUCGUGACGCAUUGUUUGUUCGAAGGAUUUUCGCAUUGACUUGCUAUUUCAGAGCAGUUUAUAGCACGCAUGGUGCAUGGAGUAGCAGGGAGCGCAUGGAGCGCAGAUCUCUAAGGGACGCAAGAGGCGCCCCCUUUAGCUCCAUGCAGUCCAUGCCAUACGAGCUGGCAAACCUUAUAAAUUCCUCUGCUAUUUCUAUUUUUCUUGUAAAAUGUAUGUUGGCUGCUCUUCAUCUUCUAGGCUGAGUACUAGGUUUGAAAAAUUGAUGGAGUAUUAUAUAUUAAUAUGUUCAUGAUCAUGAGCAUGACAGAUCAUUGACAUCGCGGACACCAGGUUUAUUGCGAAUGCGAUUCGACUAGACGUGAUUAGUAUUACAUGAAAAUCAAAAUCAAGUAGAUCAUUUUCAUCUUUCAAGUGUAGUUUUCGAGUUUGAGUAUGUUAUGAUUCUUAGGUAUAGUUCCUCGGAUUCUUGCGCGAUAUCAAUCGCUGCGUCAUUCCGCUCUUCCAUCCGAAUUUGAGGACCUCAUUCCCCCCAACAAUCCACCUAUUGUCAUGGCACAUGUUCACACAGUUUCGGUAUUCCAUUCUUUCGUUGUUUCGAUAAGAGAUGGAAAUCUUGCAGGUCCCUGCUUUCACCACAAAGUUAGACUAGAAUCCUC